GAUCUUUAUUUCCAUUCAUCAUUCAAUGUUUUCUUUUUCUUCAAUCACAAGGACGCUCCAUCUCCUUUCCCACCCACUCAACGUUCCCCCUUGGACCUUCCUCAAUCCAUUCUUUCUUGCCCCCUCAACCACUCCGCAUACCGCCUCCACUCAUUCUUCCCAGUGUCAGCGGUGGAGGAGAUCUGCAUCUCUCACAGCUUGCAUGCGGUCAUCCACUUCUCGGAAGGCCACAUCAAUGACAAACGAAGGUGGAGGAGAUUUGUCCACAACCACCACAACAACAAAUGAGAUCCACACCCGCCGACAAGCAACGGUAAAGGAGCUAUGCGCACGACCACGAUUGUGAAGGACAUUUGGAUUUUUGCGAGUGAUUCUUCCAUAUUUCUCAAUUAUUUUUUUUAAAAAUUAUCACUUGAUUUAUAAUUUUUUAAAAUUUGUUAUUGGGAUGAAAUGUUGUGAAAAAAUUGUUUUUGAUUAUGGGUUGGAAUUGUAUGAUCUCUCUUUUCAUUUUCUUCAAUUUGGAUUGUUGUACUGACUUGUUAAUUUUUCCUCUUAAAUCAAUUAAAGGGAGACAUUAAAAAAGUAUUCUUACAUUGUGGAGAAUAUAUGUUUUGCUCUAGUGGUACGUCAAGAAUUAUUGCACAGAAGAACUUGCUUUAAAAACUAACGAUAGAGAUGUAGUCUAACAAUGUACUCCGUGUGAUUUUCAAUGCAAUCUCAAUUCAAUCUUAUACAAUUUUUUUAUUUAUUAACCAAUGCACUAGUUAGCAGAACCCAUCUAGAAAUUAAUUUUAGAGAAAUCUACAAAUUCUUAGAAAUAUUUUAUCAAAAUUAAUUUCCAAAAUAUGUUAAAUUUACUCACAAAAAUAAAUUUCUUUCGAAAAUCAUAUUCUUAAAAAAAAAAUACAGAAUGCGUAGAAGAGUAGGAGAGUGCAAAUAGAAAUGGCCAAUAUUUGAAUUUUUGACCGUUGGGGCCCGUUGCAGUCAAGUAACGGUUGGGACAAGGGGGAAAACUCCCAGAGCCGUUGUCUUCCAACUUUUCGUCUUCUCCAAUACCUUAAAACUAACAAAACAAUAGAGAGAACCUCACUCACUCAUGGGCUGCGUCUCCUCAAAACACAUCAAGAAAGACCUUAAGCAAGAAGAAGUCAUUGCCACCAAUGGCGGCAGUUACGUGAACCACGUCGUAUCCCUCACUUCCUCCACCUAUGGAGCACUCAUGUUGGACAAGGAGAAGGAGCAACACCAACUUCAACUCCCCGUCGAAGAAUCCAAAACAUCUCCACCUCGGAUUCGCGAAGAACCCGAAGUUAUCAACGCUUGGGAACUCAUGGAGGGUCUCGAAGAGGGAGUGCCCAUUUCAAACAACCCCAUGAAAAUCCCCAAGUCCACACCUUUCCUUCGCGGAUUCAUCUCCACCGACCCAAAACCCAAAACCAAAACCACCCCCUUCAAAUUCCUCAACCAACUCGGGUCCCCCAAGAGUCUCAGGAAGUUCACAGGGAAAGAGAACAAAAUUGAAGUGCAAGUUCACCACAAUGCCGGUGUAAGACGCUUGGAUUACAAUUUUAGCCCAAAGGGUAUUCUCAAACCCUCCAAUUUUUGUUCUCCUCUAAACGGGUCCCCGAUUCGUGCUCGAAGGAAUAGUUUCGGGAGCGACACCAAGCGGAGGAGUCCUAGUCCUCUGUUCGAUCCAGAGCUUCUCGCCUCUUACGAAAAGGAACUCUCCCAAGAGGAAGAACAGAUCAAGAGAAUGGUGUGGGCCACCCCCAAGACCCGAAGAGUCAGAAAAUCUUUGGAUUCACAAACUUUCAUUAAGACGUUUGAGGAAAAAUUGCCCCCCGGAGGGGAAAAUUGCGUUGUCAUUUACACCACCACUCUAAGGGGAAUCAGAAAGACGUUUGAGGAGUGCAACAAGGUAAGGUCCAUUAUCGAGUCCUAUUGCGUGCACGUGCUGGAGCGUGACGUGUCAAUGGAUUCGAGGUUUAAGGAGGAGUUGCGGAAGCUGAUGGGGACCGAGCAAGUUAAGGUUCCGGUUGUGUUCGUGAAGGGAAGGUUUGUUGGGGGUGCUGAGGAAGUUGUGAAGUUGGAAGAGGAGGGGAAAUUAGGGGUUCUCUUUGAAGGGAUUCCUCCCAAGGCUUUGGGGGAGUGUGAAGGGUGUGGUGGUGUGAGGUUUGUGAUGUGCGUGGAGUGUAAUGGAAGUUGUAAGGUUUUGGAUGAGGAUCGCAAGAAGACUCUGAGGUGUGGGCAGUGUAAUGAGAAUGGAUUGAUUCAGUGUCCUAUGUGUCGUUAAGGUUGCUGGAAAUGGAGUGUGUGUGGUUUUGUUGGUUUGGGUUUUGGCCUUUUGGGAGGGUUUGUUUCUGCUUGAUUUGUGGGAAGAGAGAGAGACAGAACAAGCAUGAUGCGCGUGUGGUCCGUUGUUAAUUUGUCAUGUUCCUAGCGUAGGGUUCUAAAGCGUGUUUUAGUUCCCUGUUUGAUGCUUGAUUCUUUGGCUGUCUUGUAUUUUGGGACACUGGUUGUUCCUUCUCUAAUCUAAUUAUAAUUUGCUGCACUAUCAUUAGCUUCAUUUUUA